GAACGCCUCAUCCACACCUGAGUAUUGUCUUUCCUCCUUCAUCUCAAUCGCAAUUUCUAUCUCAUCACUCUCUCAUAUCUUUCCUUGAUAUUUCCCCACACACUCGAGAAUCUACACCAUGGGCAGACCUUCCGACCCCCCGCCCAGCUACCGCGACGACCCAGACGCCGUCUCCCUCCACACCACCCCCGACGACUACACCUACGACGAUGCGCCCGAAAUCUCCGGCCUCCCACCCUCCUACACCGACAGCGAAGCAGGAACCAGCAACACGCCCGCAUCCUCGAUCCCCAUCCACCACAUCGCGCCCCCAACCUCAUCAACGAACCACGCGAAACCAUGUUUCAAGAACGGAAACCCCGUCGUAAACACUACCAUAAACGUCCAAGAACCGCUCUACGACACCGACCCCGCCGCCCUCGAAAACGCCAUCCGUGUCCUCGCCGAAGCCGCCCCAAUACCCCUCAUCUACAUAAUGGGCACGCACCGCGAAACCACCAAGAAGAACAAUAAGACCGAGUCGCGCUGUGUAACCGACUUCCGACUCGUAAUAAACCUGUCCAAAUACAUCCACGCGCACUACAUUGCAAACAACUCAGGCACCAUGACCCUUAGCACGGCCGAAAACAGCGAGAAAACGCACCGCGGCACGAUUCUCAAGUGUAGGGCUCCGGGCUCGAGACAGGAUAUUGAAGUAGGUGGUGUUCAGAAACCAGGCUUGACGGAAUGGUGCCAUAGAUACUGCGCUUCCCCGCGUGCUUUGCGUAUCUUCCGUCUAAGGCGCGAGGUUGCCGGUCUGGAUGAAGCAUACCUUCGUAAUAGAAUCGAAGGCAUAAUCCGAUCUACAAACUACCGGGGCAACAUAUCCAUAACCUUCCCCGUCGAAGAUGCAAACGUCGAUUUCUACACGUCCCACCGUGUGAAUGCUUGGAGGCUGAAAACGUGGCUUCGUUGGGUAUUCUACCUGACCUUCCUGUGGAUAUUCAGCUGGCCGAUCUUGUUCUUUGCGACGCGACGCUGGAGCGUUGUGCGUGCUACGUGGCCGUUUUCGAAGACUGAUCAUUCGGGACGGAAAGUGUAUACGACGGUUACGGAGGAGGAGUGGAUGGGAGAGUGGCAUGUAGCGAUAAGGCGGCUGGUGCUGGAGAGGUACGAGGGCGAGGCGAGUGAGGAGAUGAUGAGAGCGGUUAUGGCGAGGGGUGAGGAUCCGCCUGUGCCCGGGACGUUUAGGAGUGGGCAUGUUGGUGUGGAUAAUGCGGUUGGUGUGCUGACGCAGGGGUUUCAGGUUGCGAGGGCGUUGAGUAAUGGGGAGGGAGUAGGGAGGGCGGCGCAAGGUGGGUGGGGGUAUGAUUAUUGAUGGAUGUAUAGGCUUAGAUGUCCGAAUGCAGUUUGGGUGUUUUUCAGAAAUUCAGAAUUUCAUGGCUGUCAGUUACAUGAUGUAGCCAUCGUAACUUGUCAGCGAUCUCAUAC